AAGAGAACUUGGCUGGCUGUCCCCAUGGUGGACUUAUUCCUCCUCCUUCUGUCCCUAUGCUGGCCCCCUCAGGCUGCUGCAGACAACAUCCAGGCCAUCUAUGUGGCCUUCGGGGAGGCCGUGGAGCUGUCAUGUCCCUCACCGCCCACCCUGCAUGGGGAUGAACUCCUAUCCUGGUUCCACAGUCCUGCAGCAGGCUCUUCUACUACCCUGGUAGCCCAAGUCCAAGUGGCCAGAUCAGCCACAGACCCCAGGAAGCCCGGGCAAGAAUCCAGGCUCAAGCUGCUGGGGAACCACUCUCUCUGGCUGGAGGGGUCCAAGGAGGGAGACGCCGGGCGGUACUGGUGCUCCGUGCUGGGUCAGCACCACAGGUACCAGAACUGGAGGGUGUACGACGUCUCCGUGCUCAGAGGCACCCAGUUAUCAGCGAGGGCUGGAAACGGAUCCUUGUGCUCUGUCCUUCUGUGCUCUGUGGUCCCCGCCAGACGCCUGGACUCUGUGACCUGGAUGGAGGGAAAGGGACUCGUGAGGGGCUGGUUUCAGUCCUUCUGGAGCGAUGGGGCUGCCCUGCUCUUGGUGUGUCCUGGGGAAGGGCUUCCUGAGCCCAGAGGCCGUAGACCAAGAAUCAUCCGCUGCCUCUUGCCUGAGAGCAAAGGGGUCAGCUUUAACCUAGCAGCCUCCAUGGGUGCCUCUCCUGCCCUCUGUACCCCCUCCACGGGCUGGGAUGUGCCCUGGAUUCUGAUGCUGCUGCUCGUGGCAGGCCAGGGAUUCGCCAUCCUGGUGCUUGGCUUCAUGCUCUGGAGACGGAGGGUCCCUGGGGCUCCAUGCAAAGAUACUUCGAUUCCUCAGUUUAAACCUGAAAUCCAAGUCUAUGAGAACAUUCAUUUGGCCCAUCUGGGCCCACCUGCCCUCAAGAUCAGGUGAUAACAGUGACAUCUGCUGGGAAGUGUGACCUGCUGUCUCCCUGGCCAUCUGGAACGCCGAAACUGGCGAAACCCGCGACCUUGGCGAGGGGGGAGGGGCUGAGGGUGUGACUUCACGGUCCAGCUGGUCUCCAGCAGCUGAGCUUUUGGGGGGAAGGGAGCAUUAUCUGGGGUGUCACCUAAAAAAAGGUGUGGUCUCCUGUCUUGUAGUAGCUAGUGGAGGGAUGGUCUGAGCCAGCACAACAGUCUUGA